AUGACCCUCCUUGGACUGUCUGGAGGAAGCAUGUUGACGACCAACCAGGGAGGCCGACCGAAAGAUUCUGCGAGCACUUGUGAGCCCGAGACACUUCAAUCCUGGACUUGCGGCCCCCACGAAAGUCGGUUGCACGAAAGUCGGUUGACAGCCGGCUCGCUCUUACUUGGUUUUAAAUUUGCAGCUAUUAAUUCCUUCGUGGCAAUGAGAGCAGAAGGAGGAAGCAACCCGACCAAUCGAUCACUGGAAACUGCGCCGUCCAUGACGCUGGCCAUCACGUCAAGCAUUCAAGCAUCUUUGUAA